AUGGCAACUAAUCAAAAUGUUACUGAUAUUGAUACAGCGAAACUUUUGUCUAUAUUAAGUAAUGAAGAUGAACUAAUUGUUAAACCUUUUCAAUCUGGGAAUGGCCCUGGGAUGGAAGUCGGAGAAUGUGGAAAAAUUGUAUCACGAGUAAAUAGAACUUUAUUUUAUUAUCAAAUUGGCGACAACGGGAAUACAUCCAAGAUAAAUUUAAAAUUUAGCCAAAAAAUUAUGUUAUUAAAUCCCGAAACCAAAGAAGUAAUACUCGAAUUCUAUCAAAAUCAUCUCCCAGUCUUAUCUAAACUACAUUUUAAGCCAGAUGUACGAUGUUUAGGAACACAAUCCAAUAAUGCUGCAUCAAUUGGAUCUAUUAAGAAAAGAUUGGCUUUUGGUAAAGUAUGGUAUGAUGUAUAUGAUAAUAGACGUGAACAUAUUGCUAGUUUAGCGUUACGUAAAAAUCAUAUAAAAGGUAAAAUUCAACAUCGAGUACUGCAAGUUUUAAUAUUUAACGGUGAUGAAUCAAAAGCUAUUGGACAUAUUUAUCCAUAUUCAUCUGAUUUACAAAGAACAGAAUAUGGAAGUGCUGUAGCUAUAAAAAUUCCACAAGAUAUGAAAGUUGAAACCAAAGCAAUAUUAUUAAUAAGUACACUCAUGCUUAAACCACGACUUCAUUAA